AUGGACCAACUUGAAAUGGAAGUCGAGGUUGAGCGCAUUCGUAACAGAGAUGCUCCAAAUUCGAUUCAUUCGAUCCGCCCAAUGAAUCAGGAAAAAACCACUCUAGGAGAAUAUAACAAAUGUUGCAGUGGUGGUAAAGUUCAACUGCCACAAUUAGGUGAACAUCCAGAAGAACUCAGACAGUUGUUCACUGGAGAACAACAAUUGUCUCGCGAAUUUCAUGGAGGCAAAUUGAUGCAACAAUUCAUUGUCAAUGCGUAUUUGAAAAUCGAAGCAGAGAGAAUCAGCUAUUUUAUUCAUAAUCAGGAUCGUCUCAGAGCCGAUGAAUAUCAUGGUUUGGUUGAUUAUCUGCACAAUCGAGCGGAAGAACAAAACAUUCCUUUCGGUAAAAUGGUGAUUCUUCCGUCGACCUUCCAAAUGAGUCCGAGAAGUCAGAUGCAAAGAUACCAAGAUGCAAUGGCUGUUGUUUCACAAAUAGGCGGCCCAUCGCUGUUCAUCACGAUGACGUGCAAUCCAAAAUGGCCAGAAAUUGUCAAAAAUUUGCCGGCCGGUGAAGAAGCCAACAAUCAUCCACUUCUAAUAAAUCGCAUUUUCAAAAUCAAAUUAGAGGAACUCAUAAACGCGGCCUUCCACAUCACUUUGCGCAGAGAGGACAAACUCUGUGAUCCAUUUCGAAUCGAUCAAUUGAUCAGGGCCGAACUGCCAGAUCCAGAAACCGAGAGGGAACUGUAUGAUCUGGUAGGAAGACAUAUAAUUCAUGGACCUUGCGGAGAACACAAUCCGACCUCCGUCUGUACGGUGGACCAAAAAUGCACCAAAAAAUUCCCGAAAUAUUGGUACAACAAUACCAUUAUUCGCAAUGGAAGGGUUCAAUACAGACGUCUACGUCUCAAUGGUGGCACAAUUGAAAUAAGGCGUGCCAAUCGACAGCAUGUUCUUGAUAGUCGAUUUGUUGUUCCUUACAAUCCGUAUCUUCUCCUCAAGUACCGAACACAUAUCAAUGUGGAAGCGUGCACUUCGACGAAUACGGUCAAGUAUUUGUACAAAUACUUUUUCAAGAGACCCGAUCAAGCUCUGUUGCGUGUCGUCGAAACUCGAAAUGUACCCAAUCAACCAGCAGAGUUGCAAUACGACGAGAUUCGAUCGUAUUUGAACGGUCGGUACAUGACACCUCCUGAAGCUGGCUGGCACAUUUUAACAAUGCCAAUGCACCUGAACUCUCAUCACGUGACCAGGUUGCCAAUUCAUCUUCCUGAUCGUCAAAGAGUUGUGUUCAGAGAAGGCGAAGAACAAGCAAUUGUUGACAGAAACAGCAACACGCAAUUGAUGGCAUGGUUCGAACUGAACCGAAUAAAUCCCAACGCUAGACAAUUUUUGUACCCCGAAAUUCCAUUGCAUUUCGUAUGGAACAAGAACAAUGAAAAGCGUUGGACUCCAGGCGAACGCUAGAUUGGUAAAACGAUAUCACGAAUGUGCAGGGUGCUGCAUUUUGGAUGUCCGAAUAGGGAACCUCC